AUGACGGCGACCUCAUCGUCAGCAACUAACCGGGUCUUCGCUACCCCGGAAGUUUUGGAGAUAGUUCUGCUUCAGAUGGACAUGCGUACCCUACUUACAUCUGCUCAGCGUGUCUGUCGAGGCUGGAUGGACCUCAUCACCAAAUCACCCGCGAUCCAAAAGGCGCUUUUUUUCACUCCGAUCAAGGAGUCCGAAUGGGGCAACGGAGCAAAGACACUCAACCCACUAUUGGCGGAUCUUUUCCCCUCUAUCUUUCCUGCCAAAACGAGAGAGUCCCCUAACCCGCUCACCUUCUCUAACUUGAAAAUGACGCAAACUCCUACAAACAUGUUCCCUUUUGUACGGGGAGACGCGAGUUGGCGCAAAAUGCUGAUUCAACAGCCCCCUAUAUCGGAGUUUGGAGUUCUUAGCCUAACCCAUGGGAGGGGUGGCGACAGCGCUGCUACGUUCAGUAUCCCAAAUGAUGAGAAGAUGCAGAAUGCUGGAUAUGGCGGUCUCCGGAUGGAAAGACUCUUUGAGUUUCUGCUGCUCAGCCCUGAAGUUCAAUUCUUGGUUUACACGCGAGCUCGAGUUUAUUGGUCGACAGAAGAACCCAUUAUGUUCGGCGAGAGCCACAAGGAAAUCAACGACAGGUUCCAUCAAAUGAUGGAAAAGUAUGACUUGGUCGUAUAUACACGCGAGGUGUUGCAGUGCAGUUGGCAUCCCAGGCCCCCAAGUGCCGCUGAAGUUACCCGGAGGGAGAUCAUUGCUGCAUAUCAGGAACUGGGUCUUGAGACCUAUUCAAAAGUAGAGGGGAUUGAGAAGGCGGAAGGCGUGGUUAGCACUAGUAGGUGGGCAUGA